AGACUUAUCCUGGACUUAUAUCUCUGCUUAUACCCAUGUUUGGCUGCUGGAUCAGGAACGCUCAGGAAAUAAGGCACGCCAUGGAGACUUUUGAAAUUGGGCUCGAGACAGAAAUUUGAAGUCCAUGAAGCGGUGAGUGACGCGUUCUUCACGAACUUGUGUCGGAUUUCUGAAUUCUAUAGUUUGUAAAUAUUUUAUUUUGACUCGAACUGGAUUUAUGACCAAGCACAAACGCCACUUGAGGUUGAUAAACUUUUCCAGUUUAUUUGUGAUCAAUUUCAUCUUGUAAACUAAAAACUUUUGAGGUUGGAAAUUUUGGACAGAGUGUUAAACUUCCGUUUUGACACAUGUGUGAGGUGGUUCAAAGGUUAUUAAAAUAGUAAACCUUGCAGCGUCUCAUAGCCUAGAAAAAAAGACCUAACGUAAAGCAAUACAUUUGAUAAUAAAAAAACAAAAAUUGUGCAAGUAUGGCAGAUCACGAAAAACUUGUUGAAGUAAAUCCGAAUAACGGAAUCUCUUGUGUACGUUUUCGUAACGAAAAAGGAUUGUCGAUGGAACAAAUAACAAAAAUAUUCUCCAAAUACGGUGAAGUACUGAGCGUUAACGCAGCCGGCGUUAAUGAAUAUGGUUUUCGUUUCAUAAGGUUUCGAACGAAAGAACAAGCAUUGGAAUGUGUGCGGGGUUUGGAUAAUCAUCCAAAUAUAAGACUCCAGGAAGCUAAACAUAAAAGUGAAAAUCACAACAAUAAUACCCCUCCUAAUCAGUAUAGAAAAAAUAACAAAUCAAGCAUCCAUGGACUGGAAACUAAUAAUCCGUUGGACAAUACCAAUCAAAACGGCAGAACACAAUUGACGAACGGUAGUAAAGACGCAGCCAAACCAGAAAACAACGACUUUCAGCGACAAAAUGGAGAAAAUAUUGGUAGGAAUGACUUGAACGGUGCCGAUAGAAGUGCCGGUAAAGACUUUAAGACUGCCAAAUCGGAUGGCCACAAUCCAUUAAGGAAACCAUUGAGUGCGAGGCUUGCUAGGAAUUUACCCAAAAAUAAGUCAGAUUGCAGUAACGAGGCGCAAGAGAAUUCAGGGUAUCGAUUAAAUGUGUCGAAAUUUGCAGAAUUGUACAAACGUCGCGGAACCAUUGCCACCACAUUUCAACCAUCCAACAAUGAUUGUCAAAAUCAAUAUCAGAAGACGUUUGUUGACACACCUGCAAUACCCGCUGUUGCGAUACCACAGCCAAUGAUUGCCAGUCCACGUUCUUCGCGUACCAGUAGUAAAAGCCCGUCUAUAAUAACCGAUGCACCACCACCCUUAAUCAGCAACCCGCUGGAACCAAAAACACAAGCCUACCUCGCUUACGAUGUAGUCGUGGCAAAUAUUCAUUCUAAUUUGGGAGUUAGUAAUAUUUAUGAAAUGUUCGACAAGUUCGAACCGAUCUAUGUAUCUGACAUCGAAACUGUCCCGGAGAUCAAUGUACGGUUUUGCUUUGUUUACUUUAAAACCCCAUCCGUUACGCUCCAAGUCGAAGAAUCGUUUGAUGGUAUAUCUGCAUUUGGGAAGAAUCUAAUCAUCUUACGGCCAGAGACAUUGGAGGCAGAAGCAAGAAUCUUCUAAAAUCAUGACACUGCAAUCAAAGCCGAGUAUCGAUAUUCCUAGUAUCGAUAAAAGUCAUUAAAGUAGGACUUAGUACUGCGGCAUUUGGUAUUGCGAAAUUGGACUUUAUGGGCGCAUAGUUGUGACCAUUUAACAAAGAAUCUGUUUCUUCUUUUUUCUCCUUUUACACCAAUUCGCUUGACCAUCCAAUCUGGAGUUAGUGUCUAGGCUUGUGACGUUCAACACUAAUUACCUUGCACUAGUGCAGAAAAAAAAAUCACAAACAUGAGAUAUGUAAUCUUCAUUUGAUAUAGGUAAGAGAAUGCCUAGCUGUCCAUGAAGCACGACCAUACCUCAAAUAUCUAAAUAAAUUAGCCUACAAGUUGAUAUUUUAGAUUAGUUCUAUUAUACUUUUUUAUCAGUCAGUGCUUUUAUGCUAAUCAACUACAUUCUUGUUAGGUUAUUUUAGUUUGCACCACUAGAAUUGAGACACUGCUGAUUAAAAUUCUGCACACUAGCGUGAAGCUUGGAUAGAAUUAAGUGAUAUUUCUCUUAGGAAAAAUCAGUCAUCAAAGAGAAGAUGAUAAAGUUCAAAGAUGAACAUUUGUCCGAUUUUAUUACCUCACAACUUUAUAUACUCCAGACUUUAUUGUGAAAGAGAUCAUUUUGAUAGAUUUACUAAAAUGAAUGAAUGCUUUUAUUUACGGUAAAUUUGAGGUUGCUGUAUUUUCUAAUUGUAAAAUUUUUUUUUCAGUUUUUUUUUUUUGUUCGCUCUACCUCGUUAAUUCAAUCUUAGUAGUAAGUCCAGCGUUAACUAUAAUUGUCAUUGGGGGUUCAAAGAGUAUUCUCAAAGAACGGGUGAAAUUUGUGCGCCUGUUAUUCACAUCAUUUACCGUAACUGAUUUUACUUGGACUGUACCUAACUGAGACAUACGUGAUUACAUACAUACAGGUGUCCAAAGGAUGAUUAAGUUUGAAAAAAACCUUAAAAAAUAUGAGAGUUAAAAGAAAUGCUUUUUGUCAUCAUCCCAUCACCAUCCUUCAUGCAUAUUUACCCUAAUUAUUUGACUGAUGAACCAAAAGAAACCUAAUAAAUUAUAACCAUUUCUUCAAUUUUUUUUUUUUUUUUUCCCCCAUUCUGAUUUUACCGUCAAUUCUGUUACGGCAGGUCUGAUAGAUUAUUGCUUAUUUCAUUGUAAUUUUCUCCAGAUCUGGAGUUGAAUUACUAGUACAUAACUUUUAAAAAACUAGUUUAACCAUGGCCUGUUACACAAUUUCAGUUUUUCACUUCGUGCAUGCUCUAAGUAUUCAAAUAUGUUAUCAAACAGAUUUUUAUGCUAGCAAGAUAGUAUUCUGAGAAACAAGUCAUCAGUGUCAAAACAAAUUGCAAGUAUUUUCAUUUUUUCAAAAUAUAACUUAUUGUGAAGGUAUCUAGUCAUCGGGAAAAUUCAGCGAACCAGGCAAUAGAAUCGUUUCCUGGAAUUUAUGAUUUUCCUUUCACUGACUAUCGCUCAAAGACAUUACAAAUAAUUCUUGUCAAUAUCAGAAAUCACUUUACCCAACUCAUGGAAAUAUUUUUAAGUCAAGUUAAGGCAGUGAAAAAUGAAAAAAAUAUCCAACUGAACACUUAAAAUAUACUAAGUAUUUUGUUUAAUUUUAUAGAAAAUUGUCGAUAUGAACUCGUUGGUCGAAAUGAGUCACGAUAUACUGCAGAGAGAUGACUAUUAUCUUCUAGUGCACCGAAAAAUGCCAGUGAAUUUAUCAGUUUUUUGAAAUCAGGCAACUUAAUGGUAGAUACUAUCAAGUGAUAAAGAAAUCUGUGAUUAACCGACCUUUGUUUUCGACCAUGAAAAGUAAAACAUUUAUUUCAUUGAAAAAGUGAAUACUCAGUCAAUGUUCAAUAUAGUAAUGAAUGAAUGAGCCAUUGCCUGCUUUAGCUAAUUUGUUAUUCUAUUUUUGAUAGACAUAUAUGUAUUUAAAGGUAUGCAUGUACAUACGUAUAUAUAUUUUUGAUUCUACUAAAAAAAAAUGCGAGUUCAAAUUCUGAUAUCAGGCUCCGUUACGCGCGAUGUCCAAUGCGGCGUAUUACACCUUUUUACAAUUGUCUCGGUUCAUUAUACCAGACCAUAUUGUCCAAGUAUAUAGUUCAAUUCAAACUCUGACAUCAAAUAUUGCCGCAUUGCAGAUCAUAAAAACCCAUUUUCGUGAACUGUAAUAAUA